GUACAUGAAGCGCAUCGAGACAUCCUGUAACUUCUGAAUCGUGUUCAGUGUGUCCCUGCACGGGCUUACUUCUAGAUCCUGGAAAGCAUUGUGUUCCCUAGUGAGCUUCACAGCCAAGCUGGGGAGAAGUCUGGUGUGCUCUGCAAAGCAACCACCUAGGGAUUUUAGAAGAAGCUGCAGCUUUUUGUACAGUGCUGAAAACAAUCCCUUCUGCUUGUCUCAACAAACAGCUUCAGGUAGAAAAGAAGAUACAGAACUGGCAGGAUCUUCUAAAUUGUUGGGAGAAGAACGUGACCUCCUUAAAUCUGCCAUCAGAUGCUGAAUGCCCUGUGCACCUAUCAGAAGUUCCAUGGACUUGGACUAAAAUAAAGUUUUGGGAUGUCUCUAUUUGCACUGAAAUUUGGAAAGAAGAAACUGAAAGAGGAAGAAAGACACCUUCAAGCAAACAACCGAGAUUUUAAUCUGCAGUUUGAAUAUGCUAACAAUACAAUUAAAACGUCAAAAUACAACUUCUUCACUUUCCUGCCUCUCAACCUGUUUGAACAGUUUCAGCGAAUAGCCAAUGCCUACUUUCUUUUCUUGCUGAUCUUGCAGUUGAUUCCCCAGAUUUCCUCUCUGGCCUGGUUUACAACGGUGGUGCCCCUAGUGCUGGUGCUGGCUGUGUCGGGAGUCAAGGAUGCCAUCGAUGAUUUUAAUCGACACAAAAGUGAUAAACACGUCAACAACCGCCCAGUCCAGGUCCUGAUCAAUGGCAUGUUAAAGGAUGAAAAAUGGAUGAACAUCCAAGUGGGGGAUAUAAUAAAACUAGAAAACAACAACUUUGUGACGGCCGAUCUACUGUUACUGUCAAGCAGUGAGCCGCACAGCCUGACAUACAUCGAAACAGCUGAACUGGAUGGUGAAACAAACCUGAAGGUGAAGCAGGCACUGACAGUCACUGCAGAGCUUGGAGAAGAUCUUCAGAAACUGACAGAGUUCAAUGGUGAAGUCAGAUGUGAGGCACCAAAUAACAAACUGGAUAAGUUCACAGGAACUCUCACUCUUCGAGGAGAGAAGUAUGCCCUGGACAAUGAGAAGAUGUUGCUGAGGGGUUGUACUAUUAGGAACACAGAGUGGUGCUUUGGCCUCGUUAUUUAUGCGGGGCCAGACACCAAACUAAUGCAGAACAGUGGAAAAACAACUUUUAAACGGACAAGCAUUGAUCGGCUCAUGAAUGUCCUUGUGUUGGUGAUCUUUGCAUUUUUAGCACUGAUGUGUCUUAUCCUAGCCAUUGGCAAUGGCAUCUGGGAGUACGAUAAGGGCUACUACUUCCAGGUCUAUCUGCCCUGGGCUGAAGGUGUCCACUCUGCCUCCUACUCUGGAUUCCUCAUGUUCUGGUCAUACGUGAUCAUUCUAAACACAGUGGUGCCAAUUUCACUCUACGUCAGUGUAGAGAUUAUACGCUUGGGGAACAGUUUCUAUAUUGACUGGGACCGUAAAAUGUAUUAUCCACCAAAUGACACGCCAGCUCAGGCCCGUACCACCACACUCAAUGAAGAGCUGGGGCAGAUCAAGUACAUCUUCUCAGACAAAACAGGGACUCUCACUCAGAACAUCAUGUGUUUCAACAAGUGCUCCAUCAAUGGCAAAUCCUAUGGUGAUGUGUAUGAUAUGUCUGGGCAAAGGAUAGAAAUAAAUGAGAACACAGAGAAGGUCGAUUUCUCAUACAACCAGUUAGCAGACCCGAAGUUUUCCUUCUACGACCAUAGCCUGGUGGAAGCUGUGAAGUUAGGUGAUGUCCCAACACACAGGUUCUUCCGGCUGCUCUCACUUUGUCAUACAGUGAUGCCAGAAGAGAAGAAGGAAGGUAACUUGGUGUAUCAGGCACAGUCUCCUGACGAGGGGGCCCUUGUCACUGCUGCUAGAAACUUUGGAUUUGUGUUCCGGGCUCGCACGCCGGAGACCAUCACUGUUGUGGAAAUGGGAGAAACAAAAGUCUACAAACUCCUGGCUAUUCUUGACUUCAACAAUGUUCGCAAGCGAAUGUCUGUUAUUGUGCGGAGUCCAGAAGGUGACUUGACUUUAUACUGCAAGGGAGCUGACACCAUUCUUUAUGAACUUCUUGAUUCAUCCUGUGACUCUCUCAAAGAGGAGACUACAGAACACCUGAAUGAGUUUGCUGGGGAAGGUCUGAGGACACUCGUGGUGGCCUAUAAAAACUUGGAUGAAGACUACUUUCAGGACUGGAUCAGGCGUCACCAUGAAGCAAGCACUGCCUUGGAAGGACGGGAAGAUAAAUUGUCAGAGUUAUAUGAAGAGAUUGAAAAAGACCUCAUGCUGUUAGGUGCCACAGCAAUCGAGGACAAGUUACAAGAUGGAGUCCCACAGACCAUUGAGACUCUUGCCAAAGCCAACAUUAAGAUAUGGGUUCUCACAGGAGACAAGCAAGAGACGGCAAUGAAUAUUGGCUAUUCCUGCAACUUGCUGUAUGAUGACAUGGAAGAUGUUUUCAUUAUUGAAGGGAGCACAUCUGAGGAUGUACUUAAUGAGCUGAGGAAUGCAAGGAAAAAGAUGAAGCCAGACUCCUUUCUGGACUGUGACGAAAUCAACAUUCAGUUUGGAAAAUCUUCAAAAAAGCCAAAAAUGAUACCUGAUGAGCAAGCAAAUGGCGUGUAUGGUCUGGUUAUCACUGGCCACAGCCUGGCUUAUGCGCUGGAAGGGAAUCUGGAGUUGGAGCUGGUGAGAACUGCCUGCAUGUGCAAAGUGGUGAUCUGCUGCCGGGUGACUCCGCUGCAGAAAGCCCAGGUGGUGGAGCUAGUGAAGAAGUACAAAAAGGCUGUGACCUUGGCAAUUGGAGAUGGUGCCAAUGAUGUCAGCAUGAUCAAAACUGCCCACAUUGGGGUUGGUAUCAGUGGCCAGGAGGGGAUGCAGGCAGUCCUGUCGAGUGACUUCUCCUUUGCACAGUUCCGUUACCUACAGCGCCUGCUCUUAGUCCAUGGCCGGUGGUCCUACAUCCGCAUGUGCAAGUUCCUCAAAUACUUCUUCUACAAGAAUUUUGCCUUCACAUUGGUGCAUUUCUGGUAUGGCUUCUUCUCUGGCUUCUCAGCACAGACUGUCUAUGAUGAGUGGUUCAUUACGCUUUACAAUUUGGUAUAUACCUCCCUCCCGGUGCUAGGAAUGAGCCUCUUCGAUCAGGAUGUGGAUGAUCGUUGGAGCAUGCUGUUUCCACAGCUAUAUGUGCCUGGCCAGCAAAACCUUUAUUUUAACAAAGUGGUGUUUGUCAAGUGCAUGUUGCAAGGGAUCUACAGUUCCCUCAUUCUCUUCUUCAUCCCCUAUGGGGCCAUGUACAAUACAAUGAGGAGUGAUGGAAAGGCCAUUGCUGACUACCAGUCCUUUGCACUGAUGGCCCAGACCUGCUUGUUGAUUGUGGUGUCUGUUCAGAUUGGCUUGGAUACCUCUUACUGGACAGUUGUGAACCAGUUCUUCAUCUGGGGCAGCCUGUCUGUUUACUUUGCUAUCACUUUCACCAUGUACAGUGAUGGCAUGUACCUGAUCUUCACAGCAUCCUUUCCAUUCGUUGGUACAGCUCGAAACACACUCGGCCAACCAAGCGUGUGGCUAGCAAUCUUCCUCAGCAUCACUCUCUGUGUGCUGCCUGUAGUUGGCUAUCGAUUCCUGAAGAGUCAGUUAAAGCCAACUCCCAGCGAAAAGGUGUUACUCAAGAUCAAAGAAGCCAAAAAGAGGCCACCUCCGCCCUCACCCAAGAGACGCCUGCGUCGGACCAGCACCCGCCGCUCUGGCUAUGCCUUCUCCCAUCAACACGGCUUUGGAGCACUCAUUAUGUCUGGGAGAAACAUGCGGCCAAAAUCACCUUUUGCCACAACAGGAACAUUUUCACCAAAUAGUGACAAAUACAAACACAAAGGACUGUAAAAAAAAAAAAAAAAAGGAAAAGAGAGAGAAGGAAAAAAACAAUCAAACAACACAAACCAAAGUCACAGACUGUCAGGAGAGGAGUUUGUGCUCCCUGUGAAGCAUCCAGCCAUGGCCAACUAGAACUCUGUCCUCUGGGCUACCAAAUCAAAUACUUGUGCCUUUCCUUUCACCGAUGCGCAGCCUCUGACUCCAGCCUUACUCCCUGGACAUGUGCUGCUGCCUGGGAAGCCAGGCAGCCUGAAUUAGAGCUGUUGUAUGGUAUCCUAGAAGGCCUCAUUGGAACAAGAGAGAAUUUGCUGUGGGAGGCACCUCUGCUCCCUGAGAUUGUUCUGAAUGCUAUUUUUUUCUCUCCCCUUAACUACAUACCUCAGAGCAAAGAGAAAUCCAGGCUGAGGAAAAGGCUGAAUUGGUGAUGUUUUUCACAUGUGCCUUUGUUUGUGUCAUGAAUCAACUCUGGGCUGUAUUAAUGGGGUAAAAGUUUUGACCUCAGGUGUGCCUUAGGUCCAGCCGCACAACCCUCAAAUCCCUAAUCUUUGUAAUAUGUGUAAUUUUUUAGCCUUUUGACUGUACGCAGACACUAUGGAAGGUGUGACUUGGAAAUAACCUCCUUCCAAACUAACAGUUAAUUCAGUUUCUCGAGAGAUGGCCAGUGCCCAAGCACCACCCUCUCCCUGCACCCACAGUUGGGAAGUGCUACAAGCUCAGAGAAACUUUUAGCUGGUUAAGGGACAAGGACUUGACAUUCACCAGCCUACUUUGUUUUACCUGCAUUGAAAGUCUGCUCUUGUAAAUGACCAUCGUCCUCAGAGCCCUCUCAGAUUUUGUAGCCAGGUACCAACCAUUUCAUUUAGCCUUAAAAUAAACGGGAAGGAGAAGCUCAGGCUCUUAUGUAGACCAAGCCAUAAAAUCUGCCCCGGAGAAGCCUGUGUCAUGGCUAGGACUCUUCUGAGCUGCCAGCACGAGGUGUUUUUUCCUGCCAUAACAGGCUCAGGCAUACGUACAUCCCUCUUAAUGGGAAUCACACAAGCAGUAUCACAGGCAGAGAUACUCUUUCAUGGCCAGCUCAGAGUGUCCUGCCCUUUACUCCAGCGGUGCUUUUGCUCCAUGUAAGGGAUGAAGUGUCACCUGGUGGCUCCCUCAGACUCCUUGAUGAGCAGUGUGGUCAAGUUUAACAGGAAAUUUGUGAGGGCCCUGAGGUCUCUACAGAGUUCCUCUCUUUUGGUGAAUAUUUGGGAACAGUUCACCCGUCAAUCAUGAGCUGCAGAGAGCUGGAAAUCCUAUCAGUCUUGCUGCCAGCAGAGGGACCUAAGAUGCACAGACAUAGCCAAAGAUUUGGUGAUCCUGAGGGAGUGGGAUUUGCUCACUGUUUUGUUACACCAGCUCCAUCAUCAUCAGGGUUACUGGGUGGAAGGCCAGCGUGGCAGCAUCUGUCCUGCGAGCACUGCUAAGCUGUCUUAAUAGAGCGCUUUUGUGCAGAGGACUAAGCAGCGAUGGCUGGGUGGUUUUGGUUGGGUUUUUUUUUUUUUUGCUUUUCUCUUUUUUUUUUUUUGGCUCCUUUAUACAAAUUUAGACUCCUUCCUUGUUUGAAUUGGACUUUUUUUUGCAUAGUAGCCAUCUGGUAUUUAUUGAGAACUCUCUGCCUUGACUCUUCGAGCUAUUGGUGGAGGCAAUGUAUGAUGGCAACAGGCCAGGCAUGUCCCCAUUUCAGUCUGCAUAUAACACUUCACUGCCUUUGGUCCCAGUUUCAGUAGUUAUUGCAUAAGAUUGUUUAAGCUCUCAUAGAAGGUUUCAUUGCCCGGUAUUUAACUCAGCACAGAAAAACACCAGUCUGUUGCACCUACUGCUUUGGGAGCCUCGUUGCACACUGUGGUAUUAAAUCAGCAGAGCCAGUGCAAAGCUAGAGCUGGGUCUGGAUCCAGACUUCAGUAGCCAGGAGAUGCUUGCUAGGGAAAGAGCAAACUCUAAUCCUAUGAUCUUUUCUGCAAGGAGAUGCCUAAGUAGAGUGAGAGCCUGAACCCUGACUGAGGAAACCACUGUGAUAGUCAGUGCUUGUCACCACUUUCUGAUUUGUCAUUCACUUUGCAGAGACAAUCAUGGCUUUCUGAUGAGGAUUAUAUCUUUCACAGUCAGACGCCCUGGGGCUAGAGGGAAAAAUUUAUGCAGGUAAGCAGAUGUUCUGAAGAUACCCAGACUGGUCUGUGGACCGAGAGCCCUAUCAAAGCUGUUCCUACAGUGUAAAGCAGCAGAACAUAAUGCCAAGCAGCAGAGGCAGACCUUUUGCUGACAAAGCAAGACAGCUUCGAGACUGUGCCACUCUUCUCAUACGGUUUACGUGCAAACCACUUACUUUUUGGCGGAAGGGAGCUUGCAAAUGCUGCAUCGAAUGUAUAGGGGAUAAUGUAUAGGGGAUAACGUUGUUGAACUUGCACCAGAUAAGAGAUUUUUCAGUGGUUUGACAAGAUCAGCAUUUGAAACAUAUCAGCUGGCAGUGAUGUCUGUUCUACAUCACCCCUGAUUUUGUGAAAUAUUUUUUUUUUAAAUAAAAAUACUUGGAU